GAGCAUAACUACCACAAAUAACCAUUUUUAUAGAAUUUAGAUCAGAUAAUAUAUUUUCCUGAUUUGAUCAUCCAAAUACUUGUUAAGCAGAAGUAAAAUGCAGGUAACUCAAACCCUUUUUACUUUUUUUAGCGCUAAUUAAUUUUCGAUAUAUGGCCGUGAAGCUGUGGUCAAAACGGUGCACCAGCCUGCAAUUGAGUUAUGGAAAAAAAAAGAACUUACAUUUGCUCCAGUUUUGUUGUGAGUGUUAAACCUGAACAGAACUAAGAUAUAGACGAUGUAAUCUGGAAAGGAUUAUGCUACUGUACGAGUAACGAACGCUUUUUAGCAGAAUUGCGAUGCAUUUUAUGUUGAAGGGUGGGUAAAAACACUUAUGUUUUCUUCAGAAGGAUUUCUGAGAAUUUUAUAAUAAUAAAUAAUCUAAAUUCCUCAUAAGUCCCAUAGUUUCAGCGAAUAACCAAGUUCCCCAUAAUCGAGGCCUGAUAAGACCGACCUGUGGUCGCUAUUAAUCCGAACGCAUCAGAAAUCAGUAGCAAAAUGAAUGCCGUUCUGUUAGGGUUUACGUGUCUUCUGCUCCCGCUUCUGGGAUCGAGUCAAUUCCUGGAUAUGGCCUGUGGGAUUCGAGCUCCUAGUCCCGCAUCUUCGCGGGCCAAGAAUGCAACAAUCGCCAGUCUAACUUCGAGUCCCUGGAUGGUUUUUCUCCACUCCACUGACGAUAGAUUCGUUUGUGGCGGAACUUUGAUCACAAACCGACUCGUGUUAACCGCCGCGCAUUGCUUCCUUGAUGGAACCCAGCUAAUUGCUCGACUGGGAGAGUAUGAUAGAGAGGCAUCUGACACGUGUCACGAUAGUUACUGCACCUAUCGAAUCGAAGCGUUCGUGGAGAGGGGCUUCAGGCACCGACUAUACAGGAAAUCGACGAUGUCACACGACAUAGCCAUUCUCCGACUGUACAAAAAGGUGCAGUACACAGACAACAUCAGGCCCAUCUGCAUUGUAACAGAUACCAGGUGGAGGCACUACAUCGACUCCUUGGACCCACUGACUGGCACUGGAUGGGGCAGGACGGAGUCUGAGGCGGACAGUGGCAAACUGAGGAGCGUCGACUUGGCUCGCAAAAGUCCGGAGGUGUGCCAGAGGUAUGCUAAACUAACCCUGACGAGCAACCAGUUUUGCGCUGGCAACGAGUAUAGCAAUCUGUGCAACGGCGACUCCGGCGGUCCGCUGGGCGCCUUGAUCCCAUUCGGAAAAUCGAAACGCUUCAUCCAAGUGGGAAUCGCUAGCUUCACGAACCCGCAAUGCCUGAUGGUCAGCGCUUUCACCGAUGUGCUGAGCUAUAUCGACUGGAUCCGCACUGUGCAUAACUUCCGCACAUAACAACUUGCCUGGAACUUGACAUUGGCUUCUUCUUUGAAAUAACUCAUUGCUAUUUAUUCAAAUAA